AUGGCCAGUCUCGCCCACUUCGCCCUCACAGCCAGCGCGGCCGCGGGAGCUCAUCUGUCCCUAUCCAGCUUCCAGGUCCUCACCACCUCAGUGCCUGUCCAAUGCCUCUACGCCUACAAUAUGCCCAUUCAGCGAUGCACUCCCGCCGACUUCAUCGGAGGCGGCUCAUGCUCCCAGUCCUGUAGGUCCGGGCUCCAAGCAUCACAAUUCACCGUACGAGGGCUGUGCUCCGGCGUCAACGCUCCCGCCAAUUCUCUGCUCAAGGAGAUCUUGGAAGGGCACAUCCUAGACGUUCUCUGCGACGCGGGAAAGGCUCCAACUCCAACUCCAACUCCAACAACACCAGCGACUCCGCCGAAGCAAACGCCGCCAAACCCAGCACCGGCACCACCACCGAGUCCGGUUACCACUACCAACAUGGCACCGCGCCCGAUAUUCUCAACGUUGUCGACAUCAACGGUGUCCACUCAAUCCACAUCAUCGUCUCCCCUUCCCGAAACAAGUACGAGUACCACGACAAGUGCAGCAUCAUCCACCUCGACCGAAACCCAGGCCAGCACCACCUCAGAGGCCGCACCCAGCUCAAGCAUCGCCUCUACAACCGACGCCCCCAGCAGCGAGACCCCUCAGCCUUCGAAUAAUAGCCAAGCCUCCUCUUCAUCAUCUUCAUCAUCAACAACGAAGCCAAAGCCAACACGCCCGCCCAAUUCGCAGCCAGGCAGCGGUGGUGGAAGUCCAUUCGACUUUGUCCCCGCCAGCAGAGCAGCGAAACUCGGGCUUGCUGGGGGCUCUCUUGCAAUUGCUAUGGCCAUUGCAUCCACAACCUCAAUGCUCUUAUGA